AGUCGUACAGCUAUAAUACUAUACACAAGUACUCGAUUGAAUUUUGAUUUUUUAAAUUUUCAUUGUUUUAAAAAAUACUCAAAAUUAUGCAUUUCAAGAGCACCCUUAUUGUCUGCGCGGUGUAUUUUCUAACGUCGGCAUGGAGCAACGGCUUGACCGGUGAUCAACUAACGCGGUUGAGUGAAGUGUUUAAAGAUUACAAAAUGACUAUCGACCAAGUUGACCAGAAGAAAUUGGGACAAAUCAUAGAAGAAUCCUUCGGAAUACGUUAUGAUGAGCCUGAAAGUUUUGGAUACAAACUAGGUCAGCCCGAUUCUAUGAAUUUGGUUAAUUUACUGAGGAAUUUGCCGUACAGAUUAAAUGCAUGCUCAAACAACAUCAACUCCGACAACACAUUCCAGGUUAAAAGGCUCCGGACAAUUGAUGUAACCGUUUUUCUGGACGAGUUCGUUCAACACAUCAUAAGUAAUGAUCAACCGGGAUAUCUAACUUUUGAACAGCUAUCAAGAUUAUUUGAAGAUUGGAAAACGUUUAAUAAAGCAUUGAACGCAAAAAUAAAAGAACUUAAACUCAAAAACGACGUUAACUAUGUUAUGAAUGCGGUGGAUUUCUUGUUGAUGAUGAUGGAAAUCAAACCAGCAGGCGGUGGUCUGACUCUAGCUCAAUUAGAAAAGUUUGACAGUUUGUACGAAAAUAGAAAUACUCAAACCGGUAGCAUUGAUCCCGCGGCAAGUGAAGAAGUGUUCAAAGAGCUUGGUUUAACUACUGAGGAACUCAGCGAACUGAAACCGCUAUUUGAUUCCAGUGAACCCGCUGCAACACUGUUGGUCGAUAUAAUCGUCGCUGCAGCAGAACGCAAUAAGAUGGUUGCUGAAAAUGAUAUCACAGCGUUCUGUUUAACGGAGGUCAUAACUACCAUGAUGACAUUCAAGCAUAUCGACAGUAACCACGACGGUGUACUGUCCCCUAAUGAGUAUGACGGCUUCAUGGAGGAUGUUAUAAGCUAUUUGUCGGAAGAAUCUGUAAAGGCUACCGAAAAAGGGCAAAAUUAUAUAAAGAAAUUCGACAAUGAAGAUAAAACAUUAAACUUUGCGAAAUACAUGGAAAUUGUAUUGUUUUGUACAAAAUAUAUCAUACCUCAAUCCUGCUGUCCUAAAGAUAGCUCACAAUCUUAAACAAUAUUAAUUAGACAUGUUCAGUAACCAUUAUAAUAAUUAUUAUUCGUUAAAAUAUUUUUAAAUUGUUAUCAAUUAAAGCAUUACGCUCAUCUAUGUUUAAUAAAAACAAAUAUAUAUUACAUGAUUUCUUUUAACUAAUAAUU